CAACCCAUCACCAUGGGGCCUCUGCCGCCGCUCGUAUUAUCGCUCCUUCUCCUACCUGUCCUCUACUUGUUCUUCAGCGGCGGUAGCAAGGGACGAUCGACACAGGGAGCAAGAAACGCUCCCGGCCCCCCAAAACAGUUUCCCAUGCUCGGCAACCUCCUGCAGCUCGGCGGCCGGCCACACCGGUACUUCCAGUCGCUCACCCAAAAGUACGGGCCGGUCGUGCAGGUGCAGCUCGCCCGCGUGCGGAUGGUCGUCGUCGCGUCGCCUGAGGCAGCCAAGGAGGUUCUCCGGACAAACGACGUGCACUGCUGCAGCCGGCCGAAUUCACCAGGUCCAAGGAUGCUGAGCUACAACUUCCUCGACGUGGCAUUCGGACCAUACAGCGUCUACUGGCGCGAGAUGCGAAAGCUCCUCGUUCUGGAGCUGCUGAGCAUGAGGCGCGUUCAGUCCUUCGCCUACGCCCGGGCCGCUGAGGUCGACCGCCUUGUCUCCUCCCUCGCCGACACCCCUCCGGGCACCCCCGUCGACCUCAGCGACAGGCUGUACUCGCUCUCCGACGCCAUCAUCUGCACGGUGGCCUUCGGGAAGAUGUACGGGUCGGAAUCGUUCCAGAGGACCAGCUUCCAGCGGAUGAUGGACGAGACGCUGCGGGUGCUCGUCUGCGGCAGCUUCACGUUCGAGGACUUCUUCCCGUCGUUGGCGCUCGCACGGUGGGCGGACGCCCUGACUGGCAUGGCGUCGCGUCGGCGGAGGGUCUUCCUAAAGAUCGAUAGGUUCUUCGACGCGGUUAUCGACAAGCACCUCGAGCCGGAGAGGCUGGCGGCCGGCGUGCAGGAGGACAUGGUGGAUGCGCUGGUGAAGAUGUGGAGGGAUCAAGAUGGGCCUCUGGCGCUGACGCGUGAUAACAUCAAGGGAAUCCUGAUGGAUACAUUCACCGGUGGAAUCGACACUUGUGCUGUCACCACGAUCUGGAUCAUGUCGGAGCUGAUGAGGAACCCAAGGGUGAUGCGGAAGGCCCAGUCCGAGGUGCGCGCCGUGGUCCGUAAUAAAUCUAGGGUGGACGAAGAAGAUGCCCAAGGCCUGAAGUACCUCAAGAUGGUAGUGAAAGAGAACUUCAGGCUGCACCCACCGGGGACUCUGCUGAUUCCAAGAGAAACCAUGCAGAGCUGCGAGAUCGCUGGCUACAGCGUGCCUGCUGGCACCAGGAUACACGUGGACGUUUGGGCCAUGGGGAGGAAUCAAGUCUGAAAUAAACCUUAAGGUUGUAAUUACCGACCCAAAUAAACCCUCAUCUCUAAAUCCCUGAAAUCUGUAGCCUAACCUUUCUAAUCCCGGUCUAUCCAAUCCCUA